GCGCCAUUGAUACUACGAGAACCAUCAUGCAUUUCGAGUGAUACCGAUCCUCACCAGCCAGUCAUGAAGUGAACAGCAUUCCUCAAAAUCGCAGCAUCAAGAUCCGACAUGGCUCCGUUCUACCCCAUCUACAUCCGCCGCAGCGAUGGAAAGCUCGCCGUCACAGCACAUUCCCGGAAGGAGACGAACGAGCCCACGGCCGAGCAGCUGGACCAGAAACCCGAUAAGAACGGUAUCAGCGACUACUACCGACAAGUCCAACCAGACGAGCCUAAACAUCUCGACUGGCGAAGAAAGAUAGGUGGCAUGCUGGCGAGAGAGCUCCGGUACAAGGACAAGAAUGCAGAUAGUGGCUACAUUCUUGCUACCUUUCCCGAGAACUACCGACUGUACGAACAUGUCAAGAGGAAAGAGGUAGAUGGGAAGUUGGAGAUCAAGAGCAAGACACACGCAGCGGGUGGGAAUGAUCGACAAGAUGCAUAUCUGUAUGGACACCCUCAGGGAAGAAAGAAACGGUACCGUAGCCCGGCAGACUUCUUCGCGCAUGUGCUAUGGCUGGCAACAGAUGAGAGUGGUGAUCCAGACAACUGCAGCUGUAAGAUCUGCUCGCCGGAGGACCU